AUGGUUGACACGGGCAAAAUCGCGGCUAUAUUCGUAGUAUUUGGAAUAACAUUUUUCUUUGGUGUGACUCCAAUAUGGCUUCUGAAGAUGUUAUCAAACAAAAUGACGAAUAUAUCCCGCCUGCAGUACUUCGUGAGUUUGACGAAUUGCUUUGCAGGGGGAGUCUUUCUUGGCACGGCCAUCCUUCAUCUUAUUCAGGAGUCAAUGGAGACACUUGCUGAAGCUUUACCGGAAGUUGAAUUUCCGUUGUCAGGAGCACUCAUCGGGACUGGAUUUUUCAUCGUUCUAGGAAUAGAACACGCCGUAGGACUCUUCAGUAAAAAUGAGGACAGUCCCUUUUUAGAUCAUGGACACGACCACGGACAGAAGAGUCACAAUCAAGAAUAUCAAGCACAUGACUCGAAAAUGGAACCACUAAAAGGGUCUUUAUUCGUUAAUACCAACCAUCCUUUAAUACCAAAAGCAUCGAGAUUAGGUAACCAGGCGGGUAUCCGUCCGUCAGGUUACCAAAGCACUGGACAGACACUAACUAAUGUUAAAAUGUCGCAUACACCGACGCCUGUUGAAGUUAAAGAGAAGAAAUCAACAAUUAUAGAUACUUCCGGUGAUGGACGCUCUAAAACAACAAGACGGAUCCGAGCCGUAAUUCUCGUAAUCGCGUUGUCCAUACACAUGAUAUUCGAAGGGAUGGCGAUAGGGUUACAGAACACUGUAUCGAAUACCUGGACAUUGGUGGCCGCCAUAUCGGUACACAAGGCUGUCAUUGUGUUUAGUGUUGGACUGAAGAUGAAGGAGAUUGUGGAAGGAAAUCUCCGGAUUAUCCUAUAUAUCCUGUAUCUGUCGUUAGUGUCUCCCAUAGGGAUAGCAGUAGGACUUGCAGUAACAAGUACAGGUUCUGGAAACGAUUCUGUGCAGAACAAAAGUUCUGGGAUAUUACAGAGCCUGGCAGCCGGAACUUUUCUGUAUGUAACAUUUUUUGAAAUUCUUCAAAAGGAACUGUCCAAUGGAUACAGUUUGCUAAAAGUGUUUUUAACCUUCCUUGGGUUCGCUGCUAUGACCGCCCUGAAGGUACUAGAUACUGACUAGGAAAUAAAAUGUGUCCAAUUUGUUAUUUAAAGAAAUGAAACUACUGGAAAAGUUGGAUAGCAUCAUCUUUACAUUUUCCUGUUAAGGCCGACAGAUAGAAUGGGCGAGGAAGGGUAACAUGGCGUCAGAUGUCAGUCUUUUGAUUUAGUAAGCAGUCUCAAAUCAUGUUCAUUAUAUCGCCAGAAAGAAAUAUAAAACAAGAGGACAAAAAAUCUCUAAUGAACAUGGUAAGGAAAACUCGUGCGUAGACUCGUGACUGCGAAAGACUCCAAAGACCUAGGAAUUAUGUAACCUGAAUUUUUGAUAUUCAUUUUCACAGUAUUGAAUUGAUAUGUUGUAUAAAUAUACACUACUGGAAGUAAAAUCAAUGUAAAUUAAAGACGUUGCAAUAAAAUUCCCUUGAAAAA